AUGAUGACGUGCCGUCUGCUGUGCGCCCUGUUGGUGCUCGCCCUGUGCUGCUGCCCGUCCGUGUGUGUGACAGCAACUGGUGGAGAUCAAAAUAAGGUUAGCUCCAGUUUAUCGCCUGCUUCGCCACAGGUAGCAGGUGUUCCGGGGCCAGCAAAUACGUCCACGAAGCCAAGUUCAACAGCUCCGGCCGUUGCGUUACCGUCAAAUAGUCAGGGGGCCGGUACGCCAGGGAUUAAGGGGAAAAGUGCGGAAAAGCCACAUGGUACGUCUGGUUUGCAGGGGGCAGCAGAUGCGGCGAAGCGUAAUGGACAGGAACCAAUUGCAGCGGCCAGUACGUCAGACUCAGCAGAACCGAAUGAAAAGGUACAGGAAACAGGAACAGGUGUUCCAGGACGCGGUGGGACAGGGCCGCGAAGUCAAUCCAGUAUUGGACAGGCACAAAGUGGAGACCCCACACCACAAGGAUCAAGUGCGGGAUCCGUUCCGCCAGAAUCUCCAGAUAAAGCAACUCUGGAGUCUGUUCCAAAAGAGGGACCAGGUCUGGGCACCGGUGGGUCAGGGUCGUCAGGUGGGUCGGUUAACCCAACUACAUCGUCAAGUUCCGUGACCGCUUCUGUACCGGCAAAAAGUCAGAAGGAACAUGCGCCAACAACAACAACAACCACUACUACGACAACUACGACAACCACGACAACCACGACUACAACAAAGGCACCAAGUACUACGACUACAGAGGCGCCAACUACAACGACCACCCGCGCACCGUCACUUCUUCGCGAAAUCGACGGCAGCCCCAGCAGCUCUGCGUGGGUGUGUGCCCCGCUGCUGCUCGCCGUAUCCGCGCUGGCGUACACCACUCUGGGCUGA